GAGCUGUAUCCUCUCUAUUUACUCACGCUGGAGAAAACGAGAGUAAUUCCAUCAAGUGAUUCGUAUAUUGAUUGGAUUGUCGAUAUGGCCGACAUUGCUACAAGGGAGCUUCGCCAACCUAUCGACAUUGCCGAGUACCUCUUCCGCCGACUACACGAAGUUGGAAUUCGGUCAGUGCACGGUGUUCCCGGGGAUUAUAACCUCGCUGCACUCGAUUACUUGCCUAAGUGUGGACUUCAUUGGGUGGGGAACUGCAAUGAACUCAAUGCGGGUUAUGCGGCCGAUGGCUAUGCUCGAGUCAACGGAAUCGCUGCUCUAGUCACAACAUUCGGAGUUGGUGAGCUCUCUGCGAUCAAUGCCAUUGCGGGAGCCUACUCGGAAUUCGUUCCUAUCAUCCACAUUGUCGGUCAACCUCAUUCAAGGUCCCAGAAAGAUGGGUUGCUGCUACAUCAUACUCUUGGUAACGGAGAUUAUAACGUAUUUUCGUCGAUGAACAAGGGAAUAUCUGUGACUACAGCGAACCUGAACGAUACUUACGAUGCUGCCACCCUCAUCGAUAAUGCUAUCCGUGAAUGUUGGAUCCACAGCCGACCUGUUUAUCUUGCCCUACCUACUGAUAUGAUCACGAAGAAGAUUGAAGGCGAAAGGCUCAAGACUCCCAUUGACCUUUCAUUGCCCGCCAAUGAUCCUGAGAAAGAAGAUUACGUGGUCGAUGUCGUGCUCAAGUAUUUGCACGCAGCUAAGAACCCUGUUAUCCUAGUCGACGCCUGCGCUAUUCGCCACCGCGUGCUUGAGGAAGUGCAUGACUUGAUAGAAGUAUCUGGGCUGCCUACUUUUGUAGCCCCGAUGGGCAAAGGCGCAGUUAAUGAAACUCAUAGAUGUUAUGGCGGUGUUUAUGCAGGAACCGGGUCAAACCCUGGGGUUCGCGAGCAGGUGGAAUCUUCAGACCUCAUACUCAGUAUUGGUGCCAUCAAAUCCGACUUUAACACGGCUGGGUUCUCAUACCGCAUUGGCCAGUUGAAUACGAUUGACUUCCACAGCACCUACGUGCGCGUGAGAUACUCUGAAUAUCCUGACACGAACAUGAAGGGAGUUUUACGCAAGGUCAUUCAACGACUGGGCUUUAUCAAGGCUGACCCUGUCCCACACAUAUCGAACGCACUUCCGGAACAUGAAAAAAAUUCGAGCGAGCAGAGAAUCACUCAUGCUUGGAUGUGGCCCAUGGUUGGGCAAUGGCUGAAGGAGAAUGACAUUGUCAUUACCGAGACUGGAACGGCAAAUUUUGGAAUCUGGGACACUCGCUUCCCAUCUGGAGUUACAGCCAUCAGCCAGGUCCUUUGGGGCAGUAUUGGUUAUUCGGUUGGCGCCUGUCAGGGUGCUGCUCUAGCUGCAAAGGAACAGGGCAAUCGCCGAACGGUGUUGUGGGUGGGCGACGGCAGCCUGCAACUUACUCUGCAGGAAAUCAGCACCAUGAUCAGGAAUAAUCUCAACCCAAUUAUCUUCGUCAUCUGCAACGAGGGUUAUACCAUCGAGCGGUUCAUCCACGGAUGGGAUGAAAGCUACAACGACAUCCAGACCUGGGAUAUCAAGGGCCUCCCUGUUGCGUUUGGCGGCAAGGGCAGAUACAAGGGUUACAAAGUUACGACCAGGGACGAGCUCACCAAGCUGUUCGCUAGCGAAGAGUUCUCCUCCGCUCCAUGCUUGCAGUUGGUUGAGGUUCAUAUGCCUCGUGAAGACGCUCCCGCCUCCCUCAAAAUCACAGCUGAGGCCGCUGCGUCUAGAAACAAAUAAGGACCACAGGACAGGCCGGUUCUCUUGUUGUGAUCUGAGAAAUUUUCAUGGCAUUUUCAAGGAUUUGUUAAUCAGUAUAGCAUUUCAUUAGCAUGAAACUCCUGAUUGUGGGGAUAAUUAAACUUCAGUUAUUGUCAUUGA